CAGCGGCACGAGCGGCAGCAAUGGCGGAUGUUAUGAAUGUUGGUGUGAAUCUUGAGGCUUUUUCACAGGCGAUUAAUGCCAUUCAGGCACUUCGGUCGAGUGUCACUAGGGUGUUUGAUUCUCUUAAAGAUGGGAUGAAGAAUAAGGAAACUCUUGAGGGGCGGGAAAAAGCCUUUUUGUCUGAUUUCCAAGAUCAUUUACAGUCAGUCAAUCGCGAUUUAAAUGAAUUGGAGCGUCUCAGUACGUUGGUUGGCAGGCCAUCAGAGAGUCACCCAUUACACAACAGCGGACUGCUUAGUUUAGACCCAGUACAGGACAAAACCCCUCUAUACAGCCAGCUGCUCCAGGCAUACAAAUGGUCCAAUAAAUUGCAGUACCAUGCAGGCCUGGCCUCCAGUCUUCUAAAUCAGCAGUCACUCAAACGAUCAGCCAAUCAGAUGGGAACAUCUGCCAAGAGAAGAACUAAAGUCCAGCCCAGCACCCUUGUCCUUCCAACACAAUACGUGGAUGAUGUCAUAUCCCGAAUUGGACGAAUGUUUCCUGAUUUGUCAAUCGAGCUCUUCCGCCCCAACGGGACAUCAGCAGUUCUCCUGGUCACACUGGGGAAGGUUUUAAAAGCCAUUGUGGUAAUGAGGAGCCUUUUCAUUGACCGCACAAUUGUCCGAGGUUUCCAUGAGAACGUCUACUCGGAGGAUGGAAAGCUGGAUAUAUGGUCAAAGUCCAAUUAUCAAGUAUUUCAGAAGGUCACCGAUCAUGCAACCACAGCUCUUCUGCACUACCAGCUUCCCCAGAUGCCUGAUGUUGUGGUUCGCUCUUUUAUGACUUGGUUGAGAAGCUACAUUAAGCUUUUCCAGACUCCGUGUCAGCGGUGUGGCAAGUACCUGCAGGAGGGUCUUCCUCCGACAUGGAGGGACUUCCGAACUCUGGAGGCCUUCCAUGACACCUGCAGACAGUGACGCCGCCUCUCGAGCACAGCAUUUCAUAGCUUGACUUGGAAAAUGAGACUUUUCCAUGUCCUUCCGGUUGUCUGUGAACAGUUUUGUAUUUAUACUGAAUAUGGACUGCUGUUGAAAUAGACAGCCUUGCCACAUUUCUUAGAUGAACAUUAUUCUCCAAAUAGAUAUCAUUUCUUUCUAUCAUUUCUUAAAAAAACUGAAUAAUGUGUUUGGAAAUGUAAAGAAUGAGAAAAUAUUUUCUAGCACACAAAUGUUAAUAUUCAGUAUUUUAGGCAAGUUGUUCCUUGGUCUCUGAAAACCAUGUAUGCAUUUUUUUUUUACAAAUAAAUAAACC